AGCAUUAUCGGCAAACAUACAAAUUGAUUGUGUGAAAAUGAAAUCAGAAUAGUCAAUAAAAACCCUACGUAGGUCAGAAAUUAUAUUGCGUGCUUGUUUCAGGUAUGCCGUACGAUGUAACUUUAUUCUGGCACCAGUAUCCAUGGCUUCUGGGUAAAAGGGCUUGUCAGUCCAGAGCACUGAUCUCAGAAACCGCUUCCAACGUGUCGGUGCUGACCGUAGUGACAUUCUCUACAGAGCGCUACCUGGCCAUUUGCCAUCCCCUGUACAAAUUGGCAAUCACCAGCCUGCAGAGGGCGCGGCGGAUAAUAAUCGCAUUAUGGCUGAUCUCGCUGGCAUGUGCCAUGCCCUUCGCCGUCAACAGUGACGUGCAUUUUAUAUCGUAUCCGGAAAAUGGCACUUACAGGAUACCGGCUAGGGGCAGCUGUUAAGGUGACAUGUGUUGUUAUAUCUCACCUCAGUUUGGAGGAAGGACAUUGUUAGGCGCCAAUUUUCGUAACCAGUGGGAAGGUGGUAUCUGUGAACUCAGUUACCUUGUACAUUCCCUGGAUUUAGUCAAGCAUACCACGUCAAAACCAUGUCUAUAAUGUUUG